AUGGCGUCCCACAUUGUUGGAUACCCUUGCAUGGGCGCCAAGAGGGAGCUCAAGUUUGCCCUGGAGUCUUUCUGGGAUGGCAAGAGCAGCGCUGAGGAUCUGAAGAAGGUAGCCACCGACCUCAGGGCCAGCAUCUGGAAGCAGAUGGCUAGUGCUGGGAUCAAGUACAUCCCCGGCAACACCUUCUCGUACUAUGACCAGGUUCUCGACACAACCGCCAUGCUCGGGGCUGUCCCAGACCGCUACUCGUGGACCGGGGGUGAGAUUAAUUUGAGCACCUACUUCUUGAUGGCUAGGGGAAAUGCCACUGUCCCUGCUAUGGAGAUGACCAAGUGGUUUGACACCAACUACCACUUUAUCGUCCCUGAAUUGGGUCCCAACACCAAGUUCUCCUAUUCUUCCCACAAGGCUAUCAACGAGUACAAGGAGGCUAAGGCGCUUGGCAUUGACACCGUACCAGUACUUGUUGGACCAGUCUCAUACUUGCUGCUCUCAAAGCCUGCCAAGGGUGUAGAGAAAUCAUUCUCUCUUCUUUCCCUUCUUAGCAGCAUCCUUCCUGUCUACAAGGAGGUUAUUGUUGAGUUGAAGGCAGCUGGGGCUUCUUGGAUUCAGUUUGAUGAGCCCACCCUUGUCAAGGACCUCGAUUCUCACCAACUGGCUGCAUUCUCUGCAGCUUACACGGAACUUGAGUCAUCACUUUCUGGAUUGAAUGUGCUUGUUGAGACAUACUUUGCUGAUGUUCCUGCAGAAUCAUACAAGACCCUUACAUCAUUGAGCAGUGUGACUGCUUAUGGUUUUGACCUUGAACGUGGAACCAAGACUCUUGCUCUUGUCAGGAGUGGUUUCCCUGCUGGAAAGUACCUCUUUGCUGGUGUUGUAGAUGGACUCAACAUUUGGGCUGACGAUCUUGCUGCAUCUCUCAUCACUCUACAGUCUCUUGAGGCUGUUGUUGGGAAGGACAAGCUUGUGGUUUCCACUUCCUGCUCACUCAUGCACACUGCUGUGGAUCUUGUUAAUGAGACUAAGCUUGACGAAGAGAUCAAGUCAUGGCUUGCGUUUGCCGCCCAAAAGGUAGUUGAGGUUAACGCUCUUGCCAGGGCAUUGGCCGGCCAAAAGGACGAGGUGAAAUUAUCUUCUGAUCCCUUCAUUCAUAAUCUGCUUGACUAG